AGGUCCUUUCUCUAUCACCAAUAGUCGAUUGAGUGAUCUAUAUAUAUUCCUCAAGAGAAAGCUUUGAUAAUGGCUUGCUUUUAACGCCAUGCACUAAAAUUUAAAGGAUUUUCUCGUGCGAAGUUAUAGAUGAAAGAUGAAGGGGAAAAGAGGGGAAGAUAGUGAUGCAAUAUUCUCCAAGUGGGAAUUUGGCAUUUCUGGUCCGGUUCACCUCACUUCAGUUGAUUGGGGAAAUCCCGAUCACAGAAGAUCAGUUGUAGCUAGUUUGAUUCAAGGAGUGUACGUGUUAGAAAGAGACCGUCAACAUAAAAGAAUAGGGAACAAAGCAUUAGCUCCAGCUUGGUGGGAUUACUUCCAUUUUGAAUGCAUCAAAAUUCUUAAAGAUCAAAUUGAUUCUUCCAUAUUUGGAGCCAUAUUUGAGUACAAACCCCAUGUUCUUAUACCUCAACAAGGUGUUCCCCCAAGGUACGUCAUUGUCUUUCGUGGCACUCUAAUGGAAACCGACACACGAAAACGAGACCUCUACUUGGAUAUCCAACUUCCCUUUAGUAGACUAACCCGGGACUCCCGGUAUCUAACCGCGUUUCAAGAGAUAGAGAACAUACUCGAAAUAAGUCCUAAAAAUGUUUUGUUAGCAGGGCACUCUCUUGGGGCAGCUAUUGCACUCCAAGCAGGUAAAGACAUGGCUAAAAGGGGGUGUCAUAUUGAGACUUACCUUUUUAAUCCACCAUACACGUCUGCCCCUAUAGAAAAGAUAAACAAUACGUAUAUAAAAGGCAAAGUCCGUGUUGCUAAAAGUAUUGUUACAGCAGGAAUCUACCAGGUAGCUAAAAAAGGUAUAAAAAAUUAUAAUAACUACUCGACAAAACAACAUGACACAUAUUUGUCGCUAUGUUCAUGGAUCCCUAGCAUAUUUGUAAACCCUAGUGAUCCAAUAUGUUGUGAAUACAUCGGGCAUUUCGAGCAUCGAGGAAGGAUGAAGGAAUUAGGGAUGGAUGAAGUUGAUUUAAUUGUAACCAAGCAUUCAUUGAUGAGUAUGUUAGUAGGUGCACUAGGAAAAGAUGGUGAGCCACCACAUCUAAUUCCAUCGGCAUUGCUUACUAAGAACAUGAAGAAUGUUGUGCAAAGUGUCAAGGAAGCUCAUUGCGUUAAUCAAUGGUGGGAACCACAUUCAUAUUGGCACUCUAAGAUUUAUGUGUACCAAGAGACCAAUUGUAUGUGACUAUGCUUGAUCCAAUGCAAGUAAACAACUACUAUAUAUGAUUUGAAUGUAUUGUUGUUUAAUGUAUUUCGGGUAAUAUAUAUGUUUGGCAAUUCAA